AUGUCGCAUCUUAAUGGCCUACCCAACGUCACGAUGCUGGCACUUGACGUCGUCAAGACUGACGACAUCGAGGCUGCUGUCGAAAUAGUUACCAAGCAGACGGGCGGCACUCUGAAUUACCUCGUUAACAACGCCGGACGCAACCAUUUCAUGCCGAUUCUAGACGAGGACCUGGACAUGGUUAGAAACCCAUUUGAGGUCAACUUCUACGGUCCACUUUCCAUUACCCAAGCCUUCGCCGCUUUGCUCAUUAAAGCAAAGGGGAUGGCUGUGUAUGUCACCUCGAUCUCCGGGUACAUUAACGUUCCCUUCAUGGGAACAUAUGCGGCAUCAAAGAGAUCCCUGGAGCUUGCAGCGGAAACCUUGCGCCUUGAGUUAGCCCCCUUUGGUGUUGACGUUCUUGAAGUCGUUACUGGGGGAGUCAAGACCAGAGGUCAGACAUAUUUCGGCGAUUUCAAACUCCCGGACAAGUCGCUGUACAAGAACACCGAAGACGUCAUUGCGAGCAGGGCUCAAGGCAAGGAUGGCCUGCCCCGAAUGGAGGCGGCUGAAUAUGCUGCUGCGGCUGCGGACCAGAUUACAAGCCGCACCACAGGUCGCUUCUGGUAUGGAAACAACGCCGAGAGUACUAGAAUGAGCACAACAGCGACAGCAGUCCCGCAGUCCGCCAUGGGUAAAGACCGGCAGUUGCCCACAAGAAUCCCUCGCUCCACUGCUGCUGGAAGUCGCCCGACCGGGAUGUCGACAAAGGACCAGAAACAGCCUUCAACGUCGCGCGGGCUGAGAAAGAGAAAAGGGGCCUCCCGGGACAGGAGCAUACUGGAGGGUCUCCCCGCGGACCCUGAGGUAGUCAUGUCACACGGUGGACCUCGCGUGCUGGCGUUCCAGAAGGACCGCGAGGACGCAAAGGACGCGGAAGUGAACACCGUGUACUCCAGCAACAAGAACUUGAUACUAUGGAGCUACCCUCUGGUUCGUAACUACGAUGUCAGAGAGCAAAAGCUGUUUGCAAUCUCUUCAGACACACGUGUCCUCUUCAUCAAAGGCACAAAAGACUGGAUGGCUGCUGAGAUUAUUUUUGGCCCAGUCCGCCGGGAAAUGAAAGCCAAUACAUGGCAUUUGCAGGAACAGAAGCUUUGCAAUGCUAUUGGCACCACUGGCAUAUGGUUGAACGGUGACCCCGAGGACAAUAACACGCCUUGGAAAUCUGAGGACGGUACUGAGAUGGCGAUGGACUGGGACGAGAAACGUGGGGAGGUCGUCUGGACAGAGUGGCAGCCGCUGGGCGAUAUGCCACCUCAGAGUACUAUUAUACAUGAUAUCGCAGGUCUAGAUUAG